UUCCGAACGAUUCGAUACAACUCUAAUUUUCAGUUCUGUCGUUGGAAAAUCAGUCGCAGCUGAAAAAAAUAUUGAAGAAAAGAUGUCAAGUUUUUCUCCGAACCAAUUGCGCCAAUGCGCGCGGUUCUCGGGAACUGCAUGUACACCAGAGAAGGAGCAAAAGCUGCGCGAUCAAAUACACAGCGAGCUGGCCAAGAUUAAGUACUGCAGCAAUCCCACAUACGAAUGUAGUUUGAUGCGCCUGGAUGGAUAUGAGUAUUGCAUUCGUCACAUUUUGCGCGAUCCGCGCGCCAAUUACCGCCAGUGUACACAUGUGUAUCCCAACGGGAGGAAGUGCACCAAUGCUGUGCCCAAGCUUGACACCAAAAAGGAACAGAUUUUAACAACACUGUGCUUCGAGCACAAUCGUCAGACACAAUUGCAAAAGACUCACUUGUCCGUGGGUCGCUUGCGCAGUCGGGUCGAGACUAAUGAGACACUACUGAACAAUUUAUCGCAUCACAUUAAUGUGGAGGACAUCAAACCGGAGCUGCCCAAACCCGAACCGGACGAUGAUGAGAUUGAUGUCGUAUCGCCGCACGUGACACCGUUUGUCAAUGAGGAUCAUACGAAUAGCAUUGGACAGGUUGUGGCAAGCGUGCGAAAGCGUCGUCGCAUCUUGGAUUAUGCCUCGGACAGCUCCAGCAACGAUGACGACCCACCAUGUCUAAGGAACACUGCACGAGAUCUAGAAUUCUUCGAAUCGGACUACGAGAGCGUCGACUCGGAGGAAGAUGAUCCACUCAAACAUGCUGGUGUCUACACCCGUGCCGAGGCAGUGCGUCUAUCUGAGCUGAAGUUGAUCAAGUUACAGGGAUUGUAUCGAGAUCAGAUCACACACUUGCAACACGUCUUUAAGCAGCGACGACGCAGCUAUUUGCACGACAUUCGCCGCGAGCGGGAGACAUACUGCAGCAUUCAUGAUCAACUCAAGGAGACACCGCACGAGCGCAAAUUGUAUGAGCAACUGAAGGCAUUGAACGGCUAUCAUCGCAGACAGGGCAUGGAGGCGGUUCUGUAUAAGAAGAUGAAGGAGAAACGCACACGUGACACCUUGCUGUCAGCCAAAUCUUCCAGUCAGCCCAAGUGCAUCUUUACCGAGGGCGGCGUCAAGUGUGGGGAACGAACACUGCCAUGUUGCAAGCAUUGUCGCAAGCACAUUCUUGAAGAUAAACGUCAGGUGCUGUAUCGCGCCUGUGGCGUUGAGCGUAGUGGGGUUGUGUGCCAAGAACCAGUGGCUAGCAUUCUCGAGGACUCCACUUGUGUUCUCCAUUUGAACGUGGCGACUGCCAAGCGUCAGUACAUACAAAAGUUUUAUGGAGUGCCGAGCACCUCGAAGAGCGAAAGUAUAUUUGCAGCAGGCCGCAGUGCGGAUAGUUAUAACAGUGACGGUGAUGGUGAUGGUGAACGAACCGUUGAUUCUAAUGAGUCUGGGAAUCUAUUGGACUUGACAAACGGUAUAUUUAAUUUUGACAAUGAUAUAGCCGAAGAUCUGGCUAAUUCUAUUGAUGAGAACUAUGCCAUGCUACUGAACAUGGACUGUAGUGAACUGGGGCUGGGGCUCGAAGAUCCCUAUUUGAACGAUCGUGGAUUAAGUCUUGAAAAUCAAGAGCAAGUUUCGAAUCAAGGCGAAGAAGCAAUUGCAACUCCAAGUUCAAAUGACAUCCAAAUCGAAUCAAGUUUUGAAUUAAAUCAAGUCGAUGAUGAUAUUAUGAAUAUUCUCGAAGGCAUUGAAGAAAUGCCUUGGUUCGACGAUCUACUCCACUAACUCAAAUCAUAUCCUAAAUGCGAAUCUGAGACUGAAGACGAAGAACCGUCUUCUAUUGCCAUUAAACUGGAGAUAAAGAAAGAGGA